GAGUCAAGUGCUGGUCUCAGUUUUGGUUGUGACGACCUGUCAUGUCAACGUGUGUGCUGCUCCUGCUGCACUUACUCUCUCCAGUGGGCUCCGUGAAGUCUUCACUCCUGAUGGACCACACAGCUGCCCGCCUGCUUGGACUCUGCGUGAACCGAUGCACAGAGGAAAAGUUUUAAAGAUCUGUGGUCCAGAUUGAGAAGUUACUUCUGAGAUGCAUCUGGAGAACUCAGAGCAAGGGAAAGGCUCUGGAGAGGGGGUGCUGUCAACCGAAGCUAUUCUUGCUGAACAAUGCGUCGUCUCUAAAGUGGCAGAAGCUGCAGAUUUGAGCAGCCCUCCGAAGGGAAGUGCUGAACUGGGCAUAAAGGUCCUUGUGGAAUACACGGAGCAGAGGGUCGGCGCAGAAAUGGAUCCUCCUCUUCUUUGUGUGGAGCCUGACAAGCCGAGCACCGAUGAAACUGGACUCUACACAGAAUGCAAUGGACUUACCGAGCACUUUAGGGAAUAUCCUGCUUCUGAUGGGCUUACUGAGUCUGAUGAUGAUGAUGAUGAUGAUGCUACGAGGUUAAGCCAGCUAUUUGAUGAAUGUACUCAGCCCUGUGAGUGUUUUAAACUUUGCAAGUCCUCUGGGCACUGUGCUGAUCACAGCUUAGCCUCUAGAAGUAUUCUUUGCAGUGAGCACUGUCCAGAACCCCUCCUAUUAUUUCCUCAAUGUAAGCUCUCCAAUCAACACUUGGAGUCUGAGGAAUUUGAGCCACAUGAACCGGAGGUGAACUGCAAUAGUUCAAGGGAGACUGGAAUGUCUGAUUUCACGCCGGCGUGCACAGAUCACCUGGAGCUGCUGCAACAGUACGAGCCAUCGGAUCAGGAAUGUGACUCGUUUGACUCCGAGCAGGACGAGUCAACAGAGGACUCGGAGCAAAGUUUCUCACGUAACAUCUCUGACUCAAUGGAGUCACUGGACUGUUCUGCUGAACUGUGUGGGUGUGACGAAAGUCAGAUGCAGCCUGAAUACACGGAUGAUGAGGAUGAGUCCUACGAAGCUGAAGAAAACAAGAUGGCACUCACUGAUGAUGAAUCCUUAAUGUUAUCGAAGGAUGUGACUAAUUUCACUGAUGUUCCCUUUGAGAACGAUGAAGAAGAAGAAGAAGAAGAAGAAGAAACUUCUCAGGAAAGUUCUGAAGCAGAUGUAUUCACAGAUGCUGGCGAGUCAUGUGGAAAUGACGAGGAUGAAGCAACUCAAAGGUGCCACUCUGGGAACAGUAUAGAGUUCUGCAAUGAGGAAGACAGUUUUUCAGAAAACUCUUCCCUAGACACCAAAUCCUUUAAGUCUUGCCUUGAUGACAGUUUUCCUUCUGAUUCAUCGGAGGAAUCUGAUAAAGCAGCUCAGGAGGAUUCAAGCGACGAGCAGAUGCGAUGGGACUCUCUGAACGAGGACAGCGAAAGUAAACUGAAAAGCAACGAGAGCAAUGGUGAACAGCAGAAAACACAAACUGUCGGUGCUGUCAUUCAGGAUUUCUUUGAUUUCUUUGACAGAGCAGAGAGCUGUGGACACAUGUUUGCACAAAAGCGACGUUACAUCUCCUGCUUCGAAGGAGGAGAUAUUCACGCCCAUCUUCAUCUUCAAGAGGAGGGGCAGACGCCUACGGUCGAAACUGGGUCUGAACCCGAAGACGUGAAGGAGGAACUUGUUCCAAAUGAAAAUGUUCAUUGUGACGAUGAAACUGAAAUCAGUACGCAUGACAUUGACACGAGUUCUGAAGAUGCAGCUGAAUAUACAGUUAGGAAGUCAUCACAGAAAGAAGCAUAUUGUGAUUCAGAACAUCAGUCAGAUGACUGGACCAUGAAAUCUGAGUCAAGUUCAACAAAAGAGGAAGCUGAAGAAAAUAAAUCUGAGAUCUUAUCAGACAUAGAGAAGAGUGAGGAGAUGGAGGACAAUGAUCUAGAGAACAAGGAGGACACAGAAGACAAUGACCGACAGAACUUUGAGGGGAUGGAGGACAACGACUCCGAGAACAGGGAGGAGACAGAGGAUAACAACAUCUCUCUCCAUGGUGAAGCUGCAGUGUUUGAUGGCCACAGUUCUGACGUCUAUGAUGAGAAGGUCUCUCUGUGCUCUGGUGCUGGUAGUAUGUUUGCACCGUGUGCCAACGAAAUCUCAGUUGAGGGUGAUGCUUAUGAAGACAAGGUCUCUGCUACUGAGGACCACGAGUCUGUUGUUGAUGCUUCUCCGACAGAUCGUUUGGAAACGAGUGUCGAUCUCAGAGAUGACAGGAGAGAAAAGCCGGAUCCGGAACACAACGACUUUCUUUCUUGUGCGGAAAUGGAGCCUUACUGGGCGCUCAUAGAUCACGAAAACAUUGUAGAGCUUUGUGAGUCAUGUGUUGAGGAUUACUAUGCAUAUGAAAUUAAAAGCAUUCAGUUUUCUUGGCAACAAGCUUUAAAUGGAUUUAUAAUCAAAAUCAGUCCAAAUAAAGAUGAAAAAGACGAUGAAGAUGUUUUCAGAGACGAGAAAGAAGAUGCUCUUUCCUCUCUGAGAGAGAGUGAGUUGCAGGACGUUAAGGUCUGCCAAGAGGAGGACAAGUUGGCUGGAUCUGGAACUACUGUUGUGGAAAACAUGGAACAAGCCAACAGUGGGAGCUCAACAGAAAUAAGUGCCCCUCUGGAUGUAAUACACAGCGUUGUGUCAAAGCACACCAGCGAAGCCACACAAUCCAGGGAUUCAGACGAGGAGCAGAGUGACGACGAGUCCAUCGAUUGCUGUGAAUGCGACUACUGCAUCCCACCAACGCAACAGGUUCCUGCUACACCUCUUCUCUCACAAGUGACAACAGGUCAAGAGAAGAUCUGCGUGGUCAUAGAUUUGGAUGAAACUCUCGUGCACAGUUCAUUCAAGCCUCUGAACAAUGCAGACUUUAUCAUUCCAGUGGAAAUUGAAGGAACGCUGCACCAGGUGUACGUCCUAAAGAGACCCCAUGUUGAUGAAUUCCUAAAGAGAAUGGGGGAACUAUUUGAGUGUGUUUUGUUCACUGCGAGCUUAUCCAAGUAUGCCGACCCUGUGUCGGACCUGUUGGAUAAAUGUGGGGCUUUCCAGAGCCGACUGUUCAGGGAAGCAUGUGUCUUCCACAAAGGGAACUACGUCAAAGACCUGAGCCGUUUGGGAAGAGACCUCAACAAGGUUAUAAUCAUCGACAACUCUCCAGCCUCCUACGUCUUCCAUCCAGACAACGCGGUUCCCGUAGUUUCCUGGUUUGAUGACACAUCGGACACCGAGCUCCUUGAUCUUAUCCCCUUCUUCGAGAGACUCAGCAAAGUGGACGACAUCCGUGAUGUUCUCAAAGAGCAGAAGACUUUAAAUUCACAGGAUGUUUGAGUUAAAAAUCACCAGCGACUGUUGUCACGGGGCCAUGGAGGCUGGUGAGCUGAAGGCUCCGUAGCGCUUCCCACUACAAGGACCAUGCUUUAAAACAAGACGCUCAUAAUCUUACAUCAUGUUGGAUAAAUUCAUCCGUUACUUUUGUAAGCGAGACAGAGACUGAAGAGACUCCACAGCUUCUGCAGACACGUGUAGCGGUGCAGCGAGUGUGUUGUUGUUGUUAUGUGACAGCUCUGACCUUUGUAAGUGUGCUGCGCAGUUAGAUUGUGCGAACAGUUGCUCUGCCAUCCACACAUACCCCGUCUACAAAUGAACCACCAUUAGUCUGGUGAGUGUUCCUAAAGCAUUUGUGUUGUAGAGCUGUUAACACUUCCACGCAGAAAAUCACACAUCAUCAGGGGCGUCUCUUUAAUCCUGCUAACUCCCAAAAAUCUGCAAAAGAUGCAUUUUAAAUAUACUGGAAAGAAUUGUUCCGCAGAGUAGCUUGAGAGACUCCUCCCGUCGUGUAGUUAAUGCACACAUGCAUUAUUCCCUCUGUGUGUGAGGUCAUCAUUUGUUGAUGCAUAUGGUAAACGCACAGAGCAAGGAUAGAUUUACAAAAAUAAAUGCUAAAUCUCCACAU